AUGAGUCUAACAUUCGGUGCGCUCAAACCGGAAACGGAUCCCGGGUCACAUGACGGUUUCAAAUUUCGUCCAAUCCGCAUCCGGAAGCGCACAAAUCAGGAAAAACGUACAGCCGACGCUGCCGCAGCAGCAGCAACAGGCCCAGUAGUAUUCCGGUCACUGAUUGGUCCAUUGCUAACCACGUGA